CACAUUUGAUUGUAGACUAGUCUCUGUGGGAGUCUCCUUGCUGGUCAGCAAUGUAUAGGCCACCCGUGACGAGGGCCAGGAAAGCACGGCGCGUGGAGCCCUGGGUUGUUGGCCUCAUCACCUUUUUAUCCUUGAUUGUCCUAGCAGUGUGCAUUGGACUCACUGUUCAUUAUGUGAGAUACAAUCAAAGGAAGACCUACAAUUACUAUAGCAUAUUGCCAUUCACCAGUGACAAACUGUAUAAUGAGUUUGGAAGAGAAGCUUCUAAAAAUUUCACAGAAAUGAGUCAAAGAAUUGAAUCAAUGGUGAAAAAUGCAUUUUAUCAAUCUCCAUUAAGGGGAGAACUUAUCAAGUCUCACAUUAUCAAGUUCAGUCAAGAGUCAGAUGGAGUUUUGGCCCAUAUGCUGCUGAUUUUUAGAUUUCCCUCUACUGAGGAUCCUGAAACCAUAAAUAAUAUUAUUGAAAAUGUUCUACAUGAAAAGCUACAAAAUGUUGCAGGACCCCCUAAUGUCGACCCUGAAUCAGUUGAAAUUAAAAAAAUCAACAAGACAGAAACAGACCACUAUCUGAACAAUUGCUGUGGGACACGAAGGAAUAAAUCUUCAACAGAAAGUCUCAGGAUUGUUGGUGGGACAGAGGUAGAGGAGGGAGAAUGGCCGUGGCAAGCCAGCCUUCAGUGGGAUGGGACCCAUCGCUGUGGAGCGACUUUAAUCAAUAGUACAUGGCUUGUGAGUGCUGCUCACUGCUUUCGAAUGUAUAAAGACCCAUCCAGAUGGACUGCUUCAUUUGGAGUAACAAUACAACCUCCAAAAAUGAAAAAAGGCCUCCGGAGAAUAAUUGUCCAUGAAAAAUACAAAUACCCGUCACAUGAAUAUGAUAUUUCACUGGCAGAGCUUUCUAGCCCUGUUCCCUACACAAAUGCAGUACAUAGAAUUUGUCUCCCUGAUGCAACCCAUGAGUUCCACCCAGGGGAUGAGAUGUUUGUGACAGGAUUUGGAGUACUGCAAACUGAUGGGUACACUCAAAAUCAUCUUCGGCAAGUACAGGUCAAUCUCAUAGACUCAAAAAUCUGCAAUAAACCUCAGGCUUACAAUGGUGUCAUAACUUCUACAAUGUUAUGUGCGGGCUCCUUAAAAGGAAAAAGAGAUGCAUGUCAGGGUGACUCUGGAGGACCAUUGGUCAGUUCAGAUGCUAGAGAUAUCUGGUAUCUGGCUGGAAUAGUAAGCUGGGGAGAUGAAUGUGGACAACCCAAUAAACCUGGUGUUUAUACUAGAGUCACUGCCUUCCGGGACUGGAUCACUUCCAAAACUGGUAUCUAACAGAGAAAAGUCCAGUGGAAUGAAAUGUAGUCUUCGUGUAUAGACCAUUCUUAAAGAAACAGAAUUAUGGAAGCCUUACAAAUCAUCAGGAUCUGACCUGUCUCGCUGAACUGUUUGAUGCAUAUAUUUCCUUCCUACCUCUGCUCUACACCUGAGCAUCUUGAAUUCUACCAGAUGGACUCUGCUCAACCUGCAUUCAUUUGUUUUCUAGGUUUCUGUCAUCAAAAUUUUGAUUUAUUACUAUGAGUCCCUUUUGCAUAUACACAAUUUGAAAUAAUCCUGUUCAUUUUCUCAACUUUUCUCAUUGCAAGAAAUUCCCACUUUCAUUGUAUGUGACAAGGAAUGCAAGAAAAUAUGAAAAAGAAAAAAAAUUAUGUAUGCAAAAAAAGGGUUUUUUUUCUUUGUGGAAUGUGGUAAAUGUUCAUAUUCAUUAAGGAAGAUCAAUCUAACAGAAACAGCAGACUAUUCAACAUUUAAAGAUGGAGAAAGAAAGGAAACUAAGUUAAAGA